AUGUCCCCGGGCACGACUGAGAGACCCCCGGAAUCUACGAACUUGCCCAGGGUUAAGCAGUUCCCUUCACAUAUCGUUGCUCAAUUGGAUGAGCGUAUUAAGCACCUCAGCGACAACAUUCUCCCUCCACAACCUUACCUACUUUCCGUUCCCUCCGACGUCCCCUACCGCCACAGCUCGCGCUUCGUCAAUACGUGGUAUGAGGGCACACCAUUCGACCGCAAAGAAGAGCAGCUCCAAUAUCUCAGCUUCCUUCCGCAUUCGGGUGAGCACGAGGCUUUGUUGAAAGUCGAGGGUGGGUGGGCCGACGACCACGGGAAUCCCAUUGUUGAAGAAGAACUUUCCCCCAAAGCCCUUCCAGUGACUGGUCAACAUACCCCAGCAGACGCAGGUAAUCGCAAGAAGAUCAGCCUGAAGGACUACAAGACGAAAACCAGAAGUCCAGCUCACGCUGCAUUGGAAUCUCAACCCCCAAAGAAAAUCGAGACGUCAGUCAACCUACCGUUGAGUGCAGAGAAGGCCAAACACGACACACAGUCUUUGUUGGAGAAGAAGCAAGAGAAACAGCCGACAGCCCAGGAGAGUGACGGGAUCAAGGAUCAUCAGUUGAAAUUUUCAAGAAUGGACGGCCAUAAUUCCCCCCAAGUCCCUUCCAAGAUGCAGAAGGCCGACUCUCCGAGUCCUGCGAAGCGAAGGAAGCUCUCUCCCGAGAUUGAAGAUCCAAGAUCUAGCGCAAAGACGUCGAAAGUCGAAUCACAGUCUUCCACCAUGAAAAUGCCCCGGUUACUCUCCCCUACUCUACCGUCGCCCGGGAAGGAGAACUGCCUACCAGAGUUAUUGUCUCCCCUCCUGCCUCCGUCACUUGCAAAGGCUUUAUCAACACCUCCGAGCAGCACCUCAAUUGGAAGCCCCGCCAGUGGUUUGCCCAAGCGAUCAGACCCCGUACGCUCGAUCCUUGCUGGUGCCGACCUAGACAAUGAGCCUCCCAGCGACCGAAGUGGACUGGCCCCAGCGGGGAGCAGAGUACGCUCCGACAGCCAGCACUCAGCCCGGAGCAGCGCUCCAGGAACCCCCAAUCCGGCCAAGGGAAGUCUUGGGGCGAAGAUUCUGGCCAAGAACGGCAUCAAAGGCGGGACACCCUUACACAAUGGGGUCCGAGCCAGCCCUGGCCCUCGGCAGAGGCAUACAAUUAUUCUGAAGUACGGCAAAAAGAAUAGGAAGAGGGUCGAAGCGCUUCUCAAGUUUGCACCGCGGUCCAAGAAAGAGGUGCCGAAGCAAGAAGCGCCAGAUUCGCAGAACAACUCUGACGCAAAUGCGAGGAAGGAGAUAUCUAGAAAGGACCCUGUAGAAGCUCAACCCACUGCUGAGGCUAAGCCGAGACCGCCUGCCGUUGAUGAUGUCAAGCUGGAGAAGAAGCGGAAGGCUGAAAACAGUAGUCCUGGACCAACCUUCAAGAAGGUCAAGGCUGCCGACGCCGAGAAUCGCCCUGUUACGCCAGUCCCCCCGGCUGGUAAGACCACUAUGUCGUCUCAGUCAAAGUCUACCUUUUCCACCCCCAAGAAGGAACUGAAAUCUACUCUGAUGAGACGCGUGGAGUCGUCGGAGGGUGUUGACGCCCCAACUCCUACCGGGGACAAAGCAAGGGUGUCAACGCCGCAAGCGGCUCCCAAGCCAUCUCCUCAAGCCCCGACAAGCUCGACUUCUCGAGAAGAGGAGCGACAACAGUGGGCCAACAUCAACUACAAAUUCUUUGCCUUGGGCCGCUCUCUCAAGCAUGAAGGGUCAGCCCUGCUGCCUGCUCCUGACAGUGACGCCAAUACCUCCCAACACGCGAAAGCGGUGCUGAAACUGAUCGAAGCGCUAUUGUGCUUCAUGAUCAACAUCUCCGCGCAAUCCCACGCCCGUCCCAGCAUCGAGCCAGGCUGGAGAUCGAUUAUUCUGUAUCACAUCUUCGUUUUCCGUGCGUCGAGGAAGUUUCCCCAUCUCCACGGUCUGGUUGUCCAAUUGGGCGCAGUAUGUCGACAACUUGUCCACAAGUAUGACAUGGACAGGUUGGCGCGGGAUCCUCUACCUGAUGACUAUUGCAACUCUGCACCCACGCCUGGUAGUGAUGGUAACACCAAGACGAACGAAGACGCAGAAAAGUACAAAAAACGUUACGUUGAAUUCAGGGAUGAGCUGAUCCAGAACGCCCGUGAACUGCAGACGGCGUGGCUGGACGGGUCCCGGCAGCUGUCCCUCGACCUGUUGAAACGCGAGUAUCCUAUUACUUGGUCGAAGCGGGCUAAAGAUUCGAGUGCGAGGCUUCAAGAGAAAUUGACGCCAUCGAAGAUACCACAAGAUUUCUACCUGCCAAUGGAUGCAAACACUACGGCUUUUGAGGCAGCAAGAUUCGGAGUGUCUUUUCUUCAGGAAUGGGCAGAGAAGGAGAAGAUAGAGUGGAAGACGAGGAUCGAUCUAUGA